GCGGCUCAAACACUAAAAUCCACCUUCACUCACCAAGAAGAAGUGAAAAGAUUUCAUUUUUAAUACUAGGUUAGUUCCCCUUCAAUGAAAUAUCAACUUGGUAACUCAAGAAAAUUCUUAUAAUGAAGAAUCUCAAACAUUUUCGUAAAUUUUCAACCUUUCUUGAUUCACCCAAAAACACCCACCAAAUCCCUGUAAAAUUAUUAACCCCUAAACAAAGAAAAUUGGCCCCAAUUCCAUUACCUCAUAGAACAAUUUCAGACCCCAAAGGCCAAGAUCUUGAUUUUAUUAAUGUAGCUCAUAGUCACUUAAUACAUUCUGAUUGGACUAAGCUUGAAAAUUUGGGUUCUUGUUUAACCCCAUUUAGAGUAAAGCACAUUUUGUUGAAAAUUCAAAAAGAUUAUGUUUUAUCUCUUGAGUUUUUCAAUUGGGUUGAGGGUAAAAACCCGAAUUCGAAUACCCUUGAGAAUCAUUCCAUUGUUCUUCAUGUUUUAACUAAGAAUAAGAAGUUUAAAUCUGCUGAAACUAUUUUGAGGAAGCUUCUUGAAUCAGGUUCUGUUGAUUUUCCUGCUAAGUUGUUUGAAGCUAUACUUUUAUCGUAUCGAAUGUGUGAUUCUUCACCGCGUGUUUUUGAUUCGUUGUUUAAGUGUCAUGCUCAUUUGAAGAAGUUUAGGAAUGCUAGUGAUACAUUUUGUAGUAUGAAGCAGUAUGGAUUUGUUCCCAAUGUUGAGUCUUGUAAUGCAUUUAUGAGCUCAUUGCUUAAGUUGAAUAGGAUAGAUGUUGCGUUGGGUUUUUAUAAGGAGAUGCGUCGGUCAAGGAUUUCGCCUAAUGUUUAUACGUUUAAUAUGGUCAUGAGUGCUUUUUGCAAAUCGGGGAACUUAGAAAAGGCUGUUGAGGUCUUAAGGGACAUGGAGAAUAUAAGCUUGAAACCUAGUGUCGUGUCUUAUAACACUUUGAUUGCUGGACAUUGUAACCAGGGCCUCUUGAGUGUCGCGAUGAAACUUAAGAGCACGAUGGAGAAGAAUGGGGUUCAUCUGGAUAGUGUUACUUAUAACACUCUUAUUCAUGGUUUAUGCAAGGAAGGGAAACUACAUGAAGCAAACAAACUUUUCAGCGAGAUGAAGAGAACCGGUGUGGAGCCUAAUGUUGUCACUUACAAUACGCUGAUAAAUGCGUAUAGCCAGGCUGGUAAUUCUGAAAUGGGAAGUCGGUUUUUUGAGGAGAUGGCAAACAAUGGAUUGAAGGCUGAUAUCUUAACUUACAAUGCAUUGAUUUCGGGACUGUGCAAGGAGGGGAAGACAAAGAAAGCUGCUUUUUUGGUCAAAGAACUUGAUAAGUUAAAUUUGGUUCCUAAUUCCUCUACUUUCUCUGCUCUGAUUAGUGGACAGUGUGCAAGAAGGAAUCCUGACCGUGCGUUUCAACUCUAUAAAAGCAUGGUCAGAGGUGGUUGUCACCCUAAUAAGCCCACUUUGACUCUGUUAGCAUCCACCUUCAUCAAGAAUGAGGAUUAUGAUGGAGCAAUGGAAGUCUUGAAAGAGUUUCUAGAAAGAUCUAUUACCCCUAACUUAGAUAUGUUAACUGAAAUAUGCAGCGCAUUUCAGAGAUGCGGCAGAGAAGGAAAAAUCAUAAAACUUUUACAAGAAAUAAAAGCUAGACGCCUCAUGCCCGAAGGUUUUGAUAAAACAACAAUGAUUAGUUCUACAGACUGAAGAGAGAAUGUAAAACGUUUACAAGAAAUAGAAGCUAGACACAUGUCUGAAGGAUUUUCUUUCUACAGACUGAAGAUAGAAUCUUAAAGUCUCAACUGCAUCUGGAUGAGGGUUAUUUGAGACAUGUAUGUGAUUUGUUGCCGUUAUUCCUCUCAUUCUCUGUUUCUUCCCGCUCCUGUUGUGUUUCUUCUCAGAUUUUAUUGGCUGCAAACUUUGCCAGCCAAGCCCUUCUGUUCAGAUUUUAUUGAACUCAUCUUGUGUCGGCCUUAUAAGUUAUAACUCUUGGAUAUC